CGUAGGCCAACUCAUACCUGCCUCGGCGCGGCCGACGCCAGUCUUCGCCCGCCCGACCUCCGAGCGACAUCUAGUGUCAGUGUAGACCAUGCAAGUGCUCAGCGUUACCCUGGCCUGGCUGUGCUGCGUGCAGGGCGUCAUCAGGACGCCCUUGGAGGCCUUCAGGCCCUCGGCGGAGGUACAUCUGAGGAGGCCGGAUAAACUACCAUUUUUGCCGCACAAACGACCCGUGCCUCCCUUUAAGAGUGGACUCAAGAUUUUAUACCAGACUGGGGUGUCAGAGGAUGACCUGCCAGCGUGCAGGCCGCGGCAGGUGUGCAGUAAGGUCGACCUGUACGACACCGCGCAGCCCUGGCUGGAGAAGAAAUGCCGGUGUCUGGGCCACAGGCCGUGCUCAAGCGAACUCACCGCCGAUGACAACCACACGCUCGCCGACAAGACUACCCUAUACAAGACCUGCGAACCAGUCAAGCGGUUGCCCAAGUGCCGGUACUUCAAGGACCCGGCUUGGACCAUCUACACGUUGCCUGACAGCAACGCCACGCAGCAGAUCAUCAGCUGCCACUGCCCGAAGAUGUCGGUCACGUAUCUGCUGAAGAAGCUGCCGUAUACGACGCCAGGCGGGGAGCAGGGCAACCAGUAUCAGUUUGCGUGCUCGCCUAUCAGCAGACUACGUUGUUCCCGCAAAGAGCCGUGCAAGUUGUUCAGCGUGCGCCGUCGUCACGAGCAGAUCGACGAAGUGAACGCCAACACGAUCUGCCAGUGCCCGCGCGACCACUCCUGCCCGCGGCACCACACGGAGCCGGGCGUGCUCGCCGGCGUGACGUACGCGGCCGAAGACAUCCGCACGUACCACGGGUACUGCAUGCCCGAACCGCCAGAGACGUAUCGGUUUGUGGGCGAGAAAGACUGAAAAUAAUUACGCUUUAUGAUGGGCUUAAUUGAGUCGCGGAAUUUUUAUCUUGUUAUCGAUUUUUUUGUCUGUACGGUGCAAUUAUAUAAUAAUCUAUCCUACAUGGUUAUUUUAUUACCAUAAAUAUAAUCGAUUUUCGAUUGCACCAAUUCGUAAUCAAACUUAGAAGGCAAAAAUCCGACAGCAAGAUAUGAAUUUGCCUUUAUAUAUUUUAUCGUUGUGGAUAAGACAAGCUUGUCGAUUUAUUCACAACUAUAAACAAUAGUCACGCGACAACGACAAGUGUUUUAUGAACGCCUUUCUUUUGAUGACAAUGACGCUAAGUAUCCUUACCACGACUGCCUUAGCAGUGUCAACCUGACAUAUUUGCUAACGUCGGCGUGACUUAGUUUCUAUACAUCUCGCUCGCACUAAUAUGCGAGUACGAGCGAGAUGCAUAGAAAGUAAGUUACGCACACACUAGCGAAUAUGUCAGUGUCAAACUGGUGGUAGCCGUAAAGGUUGCUUUGCUCAAUACCUGUUUAGUACAAAAACUUAUAAGGCAGCUCGAAAUGCUUUUUUUAUUAUUAAUGCUAUUAUUUUAUAAGAACUGGACAAAUAGCCCAAUCAAUAACGGAGACCAGCUAAUUGUGACUGACAACUAUAACAAGUUUCUUUUCGUAACUUCAGUAGGCUGAAUCUUUGUUAAUUGGGGUAAAUACGAACAAAUCGUGUUGUUUAAUGUACAUCGUAUUUCACGUUAUAUUGAUAAUUACUUAUGGGGAGUUGAAAAAAAGUGAUCCAAGUUGAAAAAGAGGGAAUCUAAAAACAAUAAAUGAAAAAUCUUGUGUGACUUUUUUAUAAUUCCCCUUAUGUAAGGGCGCGCAUAUUGUUUCUGUUAUAGUUAUUAUGUAAAUAAUAGUUGUAGAGUAAGUAAUCAUUCCAAACGGUUAGUAUAGAUUAAUUAUUGAUAUUUUAAUUAUUUACUUGCCAUAUGUU